AUGGUUUCCUCUAGGUUUGUUUUCUUCCUCUCUUCCAUUUUCAUAUUCACUUUUCAAGCAGUACUCGCGCAGACAUGUCACUACGACAGUGGUAAAUACGCCGCUAACAGUACAUAUGAGGCAAACCUGAAUCACCUCCUCUUCUCCCUCUACCCCAACACCGAAAUAGACUAUGGCUUCUACAAUUCCUCGUAUGGCCAAAACCCUGACAAAGUAUAUGCAAUUGCACUUUGUAGAGGAGAUCUUAACCCAGGUAUUUGCCGUGCUUGCCUCAAUGACGCUAGGUCUCGUUUCAAGCCAGUCUGUCCCAAUCAGAAGGAGGCAAUUCAAUGGUGGUCCGAAUACGAAUGCAUGUUACGCUACUCAAAUCGCUCCAUUUUUGGCGUCGUGGAAACUGAUCCCGUUCUCGAAAUGCCGAACGGGAUCAACGUAUCCGACAAAUAUCAAUUCUAUGAUGAUGUUAGGACCUUGUUGGAAAGGUUGCAAAAACAAGCUGCAGCAGGUGGUUUACUUCGUAAGUUUGCAGUAGGAAACGCAAUGGCACCAAACUCUCGAACAAUAUAUGGACUUGUGCAGUGCACACCUGAUUUGUCUGAGCUAGAUUGCAACUAUUGCUUGUUUUGGGCUAUUCAACGUAUGCCACAAAAAAGUGGUGAUAAGGAAGGUGGGAGAGUUAUUACACCCAGCUGUAAUAUCAGGUUUGAGAUCUACCUCUUUUAUGAUUCAGCGGCUGCGUCAACCGCACCGCCAGUAUCUGUAUCUCCUCCUCCACCAUUAACCAACACCAAUACAACAAAAGGGACUCUCAUGAUCAUUAUAGUUGUGCCGACGGUUGCUUUUGUGGUACUAAUCAUCAUCUCCUUCUGCGUAUAUUUCAGAGUACGAAGGAGGCCAAGAGAGAAACUUGAAACUGUUGAACAUGAUGAGAUUAGAAGCGUCGAAUCCUUACAAUUCGACUUUGACACUAUCAAAGUUGCCACAGAUAACUUUUCUGAAGCAAAUAAGCUCGGACAAGGUGGAUUUGGUGCUGUAUACAAGGGUAGGCUUUCUGAUGGACAAAUUAUAGCUAUCAAAAGAUUAUCGAAAAACUCUGGACAAGGAGAUUUAGAAUUUAAAAAUGAAGUCCUAUUAGUUGCCAAGCUUCAACACCGUAAUCUAGUUAGGCUCUUAGGCUUUUGUUUGGAAAGAAACGAAAGGCUUUUGAUAUACGAGUUUAUGCCAAAUACAAGUCUUGAUCACUUCCUUUUCGAUCCAGUCAAGCGUGCACGUUUGGAUUGGAAAAUGCGCUACAAGAUCAUAGGAGGAAUUGCUCGGGGGAUUCUUUAUCUUCAUGAAGAUUCCCGUCUUCGUAUUAUUCAUCGUGAUCUUAAAGCUAGUAACAUUCUUCUAGAUGCAGAAAUGAACCCAAAAAUUUCAGAUUUUGGCAUGGCAAAAUUGUUUCUGUUGGAUCAAACUCAUGAGAGUACAAAUAGAAUUGUUGGAACCUAUGGAUAUAUGGCUCCAGAGUAUGUGAACUAUGGACAGUUCUCACCGAAAUCUGAUGUCUUUAGUUUCGGAAUAUUAUUGUUAGAGAUAGUGAGUGGACAGAGAAACAAUUGCUUCCGAAAUGAGGAGAAUGUGGGUUAUCUUCUAGAAUAUGCAUGGGCAAGCUGGAAGGAGGGAAAUGCUUUAAAUAUUGUGGAUCCCACAGUAAGGCCAGGCUCAACUACUGAAGUUAUGAGAUGGAUUCAUAUUGGGUUACUAUGUGUUCAAAAAAAUGUAGCUGACAGGCCAACUAUGGCUUCAGUGGUUCUCAUGCUCAAUAGCUAUUCCAUAACUCUUCCAGCACCCUCAAAACCUGCAUUUUUGAAGCAUAGUAUUCACUCAGAUAUGCCAUCCCAAGGGAUUAUAGAGCCAAGUGAGAGACCUCAAGGCAACUCAAUCCAAGCCUCAGCAAAUUUGGUUUCAAUUUCGGAGCUCUACCCUCGCUAGUACUUUAUGAAAGCUACA